AUGAAGGAAAAGUUGAAAAGUGCCGAUUUAGGAUAUGGUCAUCUGAUUCCAAUCUCUCCCGAAGGACAAAUUCUGUGCAUGUUCUACGCGAUCCUUGGAAUUCCUCUCACACUUAUUACCAUCGCUGACGUUGCGAAGUUCCUUGCUGAUUUCCUAGGACGGCCUGGUGACGACAACCCGCUAGCAGAGGUUUCUGGCGCUCGUCGCUUCACAGUUCUGCUCAGUCUUUUCGGCUACAUGACGGUAGCGGCGUGGGUGUUCACUUUCUAUGAGUCCGGCUGGUCAUUUCUUGACUCAUUCUACUUCUGCCUUAUAUCACUGCGUUCACACAUAAGUUCAUUCACUGUAUUCAUUAAGAGCAGUUAA